AUCAUUCACUUGUCUUCUGCAUCUGUCCUGGGAUGGUCACUGGUUUUUCAAGUCUGGCAACUCGCUUUCUGAACAUUAUUUCCUCCCUUGGAUCAUCUUCUGCUCUAGUCCCUGCCUCUCCAUCAUCACCAUGUCCAGCUCCCAGCAACGCCUCAUGCAGGGCAUGCACCAAGACCUCAGCUGCCCCAUCUGUCUCAAGCUCUUCCAGUCCCCCGUGACAACAGAGUGUGGGCACACCUUCUGCCAGGCCUGCUUGUCCCGGGUGGCCACUGAAGAGGAUGGGGGCAAGGCUGCUCCCUCAUGUCCCACCUGCCAGGCCCUCACCAAGGUGGAGCAACUGCGGAUCAACCAGCAGAUGGAGCAUUUGGUGGAGUCCUUCCGGCAGGUGCCCCGUGAUCACUGUGAAGAACACCUCGACCCACUCAGUGUCUACUGUGAACAGGACCGGCAGGUGAUCUGUGGGGUUUGUGCUUCACUAGGCAAGCACAAGGGGCACAACAUCAUUACUGCUGCUGAGGCCCACCAGAGGAUGAAGAAACAGCUUCCUCAGCAGCAGGUCCAGCUCCAGGAAGCCCAAGUGCGCAAGGAGAAGACGAUUGCCCUGCUGAAUCGGCAAAUAGCAGAAGUGGAGGAAACAGUAUCCCGGUUCAAACGCCAAGUAUCAGAGCAGCUGGGGAUAAUGCGGUCCUACCUGGGAGCCCUGGAGUCUUCUCUGGGCCAGGAGGCUGAGCGGGUGGAACACCAGGCCACAGAGGCCUUGCAAAACGAGCGCAAGACCGUGACCCGUUACCUCGACCAGCUCAGGCAGAUGGAGACAGUGCUGGGGGAAGUGCAAGACGAACCACAGACCGAGUUUCUGAGGAAAUACUGUCUAGUUGCCAGCAGACUGCAGAAGAUCCUGGGGGAGUCUCCACCCAUUGCCCGCAUGGACAUCCAGCUCCCCAUAAUUUCUGAUGAGUUUAAGUUCCAAGUGUGGAGGAAAAUGUACCGUGCACUAAUGCCAGCUUUGGAGAACCUGACCUUUGACCCAGCCACUGCACAAGCCAACCUGAUGGUGUCAGAAGAUGGAAAAAGAGUGGAAUGUGUAGAACAUAAGCAAGCUGUGAGCCCAGAUGACACACAGAGGUUUGACAAGUCCAACUGCUUGGUCUCACGCCAGAGCUUCUCACAGGGAGAGCACUACUGGGAGGUGGCAGUAGACGACAAGCCCCGUUGGGCCCUGGGCGUCAUCUCGGCUGAAACUGGCCGCAAGGGCCGCUUGCAUGCAACCCCAUCCAAUGGCUUCUGGCUGGUGGGUUGCAAGGAAGGCAAGAACUAUGAAGCCUAUGUGGAGCACAAGGAACCCCGGUCUCUGAAGCUGGAGGGAAAGCCCAGCCGAAUUGGCAUCUACCUCAGCUUCGAUGAUGGCAUCCUUGCCUUCUACGAUGCUGGUGAUGAAGACAACCUCGUCCAGAUUUUUGCUUUCCAUGAGCGCUUUACAGGCACAGUCUACCCCUUUUUCGAUGUCUGCUGGCAUGAUAAGGGCAAGAACAGCCAGCCUUUAAUCAUCUACACCCCAGAGCCACAAGAGCGAUAACUAACCAUGAUUUUGGAUCUUCUAGGCCAGCCUUCUAGAUCAGGCAUCCUCCUGAGACUGCAUUGUCCAGCAUCCUAGUAUCCUAGGCAUUAUGAUCCCAGUGCCUCUGGAGGACACCAGAUGAGGGAAGGCUGCUAUAAACUCACCCAUUACUAGUUCCUAUAUAAUAGUUGCCUGCCAAGGUAUACAGAGGAGCUAUUUCUUACCAAAGCUGCACAAAUUAUUGGCAAUUUUAAAAUUGACAAAUUAUUAGCAAUUUUAAAAUUGCCCUGAUUAUUGGCAAUUUUAACUCCACUGCACAUAGACUCCUAAAUCAUAGCCACAUCCAACUGGACUGAAGAAAUGUCACUCUGCUCAACCCAAGUCUGCCAUCAAAAACUUGAUAAUUUUCUUGGUUUAAAAAUAAAGGUUCAUUAUCCUUGUAGCUUGUUCAAUAAAGUUAAAGCACAUACAUAACAUCUGCAUACUUUGGAAGAAGAGGGGAAGAUUGGGGCUGGCCAACUUCCAAGAGGAUAUAGAACAGAGGCUUUGCUAGACUAGAUAGCUCUCUAGCUAUAGCUGCUUUAUCUGUCCCAUUAUGUGGUCCUUCUUCUUCUGUCACUACAGUCCUCACUGAAAAUGGUCAGUUAAGAUCAAAAUAUUCUAAAUUGCAUCAAUACCAAUUCUUCAUUUUUUUAAAGCAGAAAAUGUCAUCCUUUCUAAUAUCAAACACGGGUGUUGCUUGAUAAACAUAUAUCUGAGGACAAGGCUGGGUUCAAAGAUGGACUAUGAUUUCUUUACAUAACUAGGGUUGCUUAUAAAUGCUCAAAAACUACCAGGCAGAAUGGAUUCAUAGCAACCUGCCAAAUUUAAUCCAUUCUCAUCUGCCUUAAAACCA